UUUCUAGUAACCCGCUCGUCUUUCUUGACACUCUUCCUGUUUGUCUAUUUCUGUAGUCAGAGACCAUUGCAAGUGGCAUAAUAAUAGUUGCUGACUGUAUUCGUACUUUUUUCAGUGUUAAUCGUUUUUCCGGAAUAGAUUUUGUGUUGUAUAAAUUGACAAAGCUUAGUGAGUCAGCCCACGCGACAUAGCUAACGUUAGCUUAGCAAAUCUAGACGUUGUCCGAAACAGAAAUGCAGGUGGUACUCCUGUUAGUUAAAUUAUCAUAAAGUGAUUAGGUUCAUUCGUUGUUUUAUUUGAAAAUUUAUAGUAACCGGUAACCAAUGGCAGGAACAGUAAGUCUAGAACUGGACCCUAUCUUUCUGAAAGGACUAGGAUACCUUCACUCCAAGAGCAAAGACUCCGCAGAGAAACUAAAGGCCCUCUUGGAUGAGUCUUUAGCGAGGGGCAGCGAUUCAGUUUAUAAGACAUCACUAAAGGAAGCUGACGUGAGCAAGGUGUCAUUACCAAAAAUGACCAAGCAAGACUCUAAGUCCUCCUCCAGUUCAUCUUCAUCAUCCAGCAGCAGCAGCAGUAAAACAGGCACCUCAGAGAAGACCAAGAAAGAGGGCGAGAAAAGGUCCCUGGAAAAGAUUAAGGUUGAGUCUGGCGAUGGAGCGGAGCCACCCAAAAAACCUCGUGUUGACAAACAGGACAGCCAUUUAUCUACAGUUGCUUUUCAAACCAAGGAUAUUCCAAUGCCAGAUUUCACAGACAAUGAGGAAACCAACGCUGAUGACUUCGCCAUGGAAAUGGGCCUUGCUUGUGUGGUUUGUCGACAAAUGACAGUCACCUCUGGCAAUCAGCUAGUGGAAUGUCAAGAGUGUCAUAAUUUGUAUCAUCAAGAAUGUCACAAACCUCAGGUUACUGACAAGGAUGUCAAUGACCCACGACUUGUGUGGUACUGUGCUCGCUGCACAAGACAAAUGAAGCGAAUGGCCCAAAAGACACAGAAACCUCCACAAAAACCAGCAGCUCCUUUGGCAACAGCAGUACCAAUAUUAAAAGAUUCACUAGUGAAGAAGGCUGAGGUAAAGCCUAAACCUGAAACAGCAGGUUCAUUUCAGGCCUUCAAGAGAACAGAGGUGAAGACAUCUGCAACAUCAGGAAUCUCUUCUGGCAGCAGCUCGUCUUUGCCCCCAGGUGGUGGCCUUACAGGGUGGGCCGCUUUUACAAAGACUUCUAAUGUGGGACCCUCCAGUACCAAGUUAGGCACCAGUCAGCCAGGUGGUAGUAAAUCUACCCCACCUCCAUCAGGUUCUAAAGCUGUGGGACUUUCUGCACUGGCCAAUGUUAAACCAGGUCUGGCCACCAAACCAUCUGGAGGCAGCAGUGGUGGAACUGGUAAUGGGAACAAUGGCUCCAGCACAGUGCCCAUUAAACCACCCCCUCCCCUCACACUUGGAAAGCAGGUAUUGAGCCGUUCAACGAGUGGAGACAGUUUGGGAAAAAUGACUGUGACUGGAUCAUUGUCACCUGGGACAGCACCGUCUAGCAGCCUUGGAGGCAAUGGUGGGUCAGGAAACAAUGGAGGGGGCAAUGGGGGCAAUACGGGUAGCAGUAAUAACAACGGGGGAAAAGCAUCAGCUGAUGGAAAAGCACCCACUUCCCAGGAGUCUCAGCUCAAUGCUAUGAAACGUCUGCAAAUGGUAAAGAAAAAAGCAGCACAGAAGAAACUGAAAAAAUGAAAAAAAAAGAGGGUGAAAACGCAGGAUUAUUUUGUUAGAGCAAAACAAAUAUUAUAUGUGAGGUCAGAUACUUGAAUUUCAUUGUUACUGCUCAUUCUGAUGGUUUGGUUUGAAGAUGUGCCUCAUUCUUUCUUAACCAGCCACAUUAAUGCAAACAAGCUGCUCCAUGUUAAUGAUGUGUUAAAUAAAUAACAUAUUUUUUAAUAAAA